AUGAAGCCUCUCUUCCGAAUGAUUUGGACUGCUGUUGCAUUCUGCCUGCUGUUCCGUUGCACCUUGGCUGAUGGCCGGCGCCCAGCCGCUGCGAAGGUGGAGGAGUUGUACAGCGAGGCGUGGACACUGAGGUCAAGGUUGGGGGCAAAUGCAUCUGACUACAAGCUGGCAGCCAGUAUGCUGCUGGAGGCUGCAGGGCUGACUAUUCGUGACAUCAAGGAGCCUGAAUCCAUACCUCACAACUUCACAGGUCAUCGAGGCGCACUCAGAGAGUUGGCCAAAGCUCUAGAGAGGGGCCAAGGUGUGCCAUGCAACCUGCCAUUGUCACUGCGCCUUUUCCGAAGAGCUGCAGAAUUGGGCGAUCCAGAAGCCCACGGAGAAAUGGGUACACGAUUCAGCUAUGGGUUGCAAGACGAGUCAUCAGCAACUACGAAUCAGCUGAUAGGCUUUUCAAUGUCUGACUUGCCUCAGGCACUGCUGCACUUCAGCUUUGGGGCAUUUGGGAAUGACACUGCAUCCCAGAUGGCACUUGGCUACCGCCACAUGUCAGGACAGGGUGUCCCUCAAAACUGUCGCACUGCUGUGUCUUACUACAAUGCAGCAGCCGAACGUGUUAUUGAACUUGGCAGGAUGCCUGGGACUUUGCCAUAUGUUGAGAAAGUUAGGCUCAGUGCUCGAAGCCUCCAUGGAUUGAGAAGUGCAAAGGAGCAGCAGUGGCUGCAGUUCUAUCAAUACUCUGCAGACAUGGGGGACGUCGAUGCUCAGGCAGCACUUGGCCAGCUUUUCAACUAUGGAGCACAUGGUCUUGAAAGAGACCACCAGCAAGCGCUCCAUUACUUCAGGCAGGCUGCAGAUGCUGGCGAUGCUGGCGCAAUGAGCCACCUUGGGCACAUGUAUGCGAACGGUUUUGGGGUGGAGAAAGACAAUAGUACAGCAUUGAAGUGGUUCAAGUCAGCAGCAGCGAAGAACCACCCCAAUGGACACUAUGGCCUGGGGUACAUGUACCUGGCGGGGUAUGGUGUAAAGAAAGAUUUGAAGAUCGCUGCUGAGCAUUUUAGAAAGGACAUGGAACCGGAAUCGGAGGACGGUUGCCGCGGGAGGAACUCGGAGGUCAUGGAUAUCGACGCUGUGGGUGAUUUCUUCCAGGACCUGUUUGGUGUUUAUGACAAGGAUGAGGUGGGAGAAUUGGUGGAGACCCUUGUGCUGGGUGUGCUGGUUGUGGUCUUCAUGGUGGUGUUUCGGCGCAGACACCAGACCAGAGGAAAUCCGCAGGUGGGUGCCCUUUGCACAGAGGCGGGUGUUAGCUGUCCAAGUGUUCUGUCCAUGUCAACGUGCACAGUGAAGAAUGCUGCUCAAGCAGCCAGGGAGGUGCGAUUGUCUGCAUCACUGCUCGAAACACUGCCAUACCAAGACGUGGUAAUGGAGCUGGUGCGGCCCCUGGAGCCGCCGGAGCUGAUCAGACAGGUGGUCAACCACAAACAGGUGCUCUGGAAGGGGCAUCAGCACAACCGGGCCGCCCCUCACAGGGUGUGGAACAACAGGCAGUGGAUGGCCCAAGCUCUCAAGGUGCAUCUGGGGUCACCACCACCACAUCGAUGCCUUUGCCACACACAGAGGAUCAUGCAGCCCCGGGCCAGGAACCUGAACCUUCCACUGGGUCUGAGGCGGUGCCUGUUGCCGGGGAACAUGGUGGGAUAUGCUCGAUUCACCGCACAAUGCCCUGCAUUUAUGUAA